AAAAAAAAAAAAAAGACUGAGACACCCUUGCCUGAGUCGACGUCAUUCUGAAUGGCCUUCAAUAUCCAACGCUUCAAUCAUGUCUAGUUCCCACCCUCCUCCCUCUUGUCGCACGGAUGACGCCGUUGAUCUUCGCUUUGGCUCUUGGUCCAAUCCGAUCGAGCAGAGAUGGUCAUAGCUGACGUCGACUGUGGGCGGCCGGUUACUAACCAUGCAGGUCGCUCGCAUCAUAUAAAUGAUAUUGGACUAUGUGACCAUGGUUAAGCACUAUAUUACGAGCACCAGACCGCUAGCACAGAAUAUAAUCCCUCGCCUUCCUUCUCAACAUGUCAGACAAAGAGGAUAACAACCCUCAAACCCCUCAGCAAGAGAACAACAACCCCCAGGAAGAAAAUACCAACUCGGGGUCCCCUCAGCCCAAGGAGGAACAGGACGUUGAGCCAAAGCAAGAGUCUAACUCUGACGACGCUGAGCCUAAACAAGAACCCAAGUCGGACGACGAGUCUAAACAAGACCCCCAGCCCGACUCUAAGCCACAAGAAGCCGAAUCCAAGCCCGACGCCGAACCCAAGAAAGAGCCUCAGUCUGAAGCUGAGCCCGAACCUCAACCUCAACCUCAGAAAGAAGAACCUCAGCGGCGUCCACGGAGACCCCGCCCACAAAAGUACCGACAGGACUCGGACACAGAGAACGUCGACCGCGGCGACAUGGAUAACACCGCUGUUGAGAAGCCUCGUCGACAGCGCCGCUCACGUCGCCAGCAACAAGACGGCGGUCCCCUCGGCGGCCUCGGUGGCAUAGACCAAGCCGGUGACCUCGUACAAAAUACAGCCGGCAAUGCCGUCAACGGCGUGACCAACACUGCCGGCAAAGCUGUGGGAGGUAUCCUAGGCGGCAACAAAGGGGAAGGACAGGACGAUAGCGGCGGCAAGGACGAACAGCUGCGGUUGCGGCUGGACCUGAACCUGGAUAUCGAAGUGCAAUUAAAAGCUAAGAUCCAUGGUGAUCUAACCCUUGGCUUACUGUCAGUUCAACCCUUCCCCCCUCUUACCAUCUUCCCCGAAAAUAUCAAGCUAACCAUUCAUAACAGCAACUAAAAGUGGAUGUGAAUGCG